AUGACGAGCAGUGCAAGCAGUAGGGGUGGGAGGGCCGUGCAGUGGGAGAAGACACUGUGCUCACUAGACAGGGCAGCUCUGACGGUCCAGCUGCUGGGCGGCUCGGCGGCAAGGCGGCUCGGCGGCUGGGCGGCUCGGCGGCAGGGCGGCUCGGCUCCCAGGCGGCUCGGCUGCUGGGCAGCUCGGCGGCUGAACAGCUCGGCGGCAGGGCGGCUCGGCUCCCGGGCGGCUCGGCUGCUGGGCGGCUCGGCGGCAGGGCGGCUCGGCUGUUGGGCGGCUCGGCGGCAGGGCGGCUCGGCUCCCGGUGGUCCUGCUGCUGGGCAGCUCUCGUGCAGGGCGGCGCGGCGGCGCUGGUUCAGGGUGGCGGGUGAGCCGCAGGUAGGGCGGCAGGUGCGCCGCAGUACCCCCACCCUGCUGACGCCCAGCGUACCACUCACGGAGCUGCUGAGGGGACAGGGUCUCACGACCGCGCUGCUGCUGCUGGCGUGGACCACCACCGGAGCCACUCCUCUGCGCAGAGCCGCGACCAGCUCCACCGCCACCUCCGCCGCCUCCGCCACCUCCGCCGCCUCCGCCACCGCCGCCUCCUCCGCUCCCUCUGCCACCCCCGCCGCCUCCUCCGCCUCCACUGCUGCCACCAACACCUACACCCCCGCCACCACUCCCACCUCUGUUUGA